GUGAACUAAAAGAGGGCAAAACCCUUUCUCUCUACACUGUGUAAACCCUAGUCUGUUCGUGCUUCUCCGAUGGCGAGCCUUCGAUGUUUUCGUGAGCUGAGCCGCCGCGCUACGACGGUUUUCUCCAUCAACCAGACGCGAUCGAUCUCUUCAUUUUCUGGGAUUAAGCCGUCCGAGACCAGCAUUUCUCAUGGGACCGUGAUCCAGAAUCGAUCUCUCACUAGGGAUUUGCCAUGGUACAGUCUUCGAUAUCGCUCCCAAGGUCGUUGUUUCUCUUCGAACACAAAAGAUACUGAUGGUGGUGAAGAAAGCAGUGAAGGAGAGGAUGAUGAGGAUGAGGAUGAUGAUGAUGAGGAGGAGGAGGAUUUUGAGGAUUCGGCGGAGAUGGAAGAAGUAGAAAGGGAAUAUUCACCGGCUGAGAAAGUGGAAGAGGCGGCUGAGAUAGGUUACAAAGUGAUGGGUCCUCUCAAACCUUCGGAGAGACUCUUCAAACCGUAUGAACCUGUGUUUGCUAUUGUUCAGAUUGGUUCACAUCAGUUUAAAGUAAGCAACGGGGACUCCAUUUUCACCGAGAAGUUGAAAUUCUGUGACAUAAAUGAUAAGUUGGAACUGACCAAGGUUCUUCUAUUGGGCUCGGCAGGCCAGACGAUUAUUGGUAGGCCUAUCUUGCCAGAUGCGACUGUUCAUGCUGUAGUUGAAGAGCAUGCAUUGGAUGAAAAAGUGCUCAUUUUUAAGAAGAAGCGAAGAAAGAAUUAUAGGAGAACGAGAGGACAUCGACAGGAAUUGACGAAGUUGAGAAUAACCGAUAUACAAGGAAUUGAGAAACCAGAACCAAAGAUUGUCCAUAAGCCCUCCAAGGAAGCAGUUACAGAACAAUCCAAGGCUGAGCUAGUUGCUUAGAGAUAAAAUUUGCUCCACUUUUUUUUUUUGCUGAUGCCGAUACAUUUGAAGUAAGUUCAUCUAUCAUUUGCUGUUCGCUAAGAAGUAGAUUUCGUUGAAAGUAUGAAAAGGCCUUCUUGGUAGUUAGUGGUAAUUAACUAGGCUCCUAAGAUAUGAAAUGUGAUUGCCUUUUACUAUCUGGCUUCUCUGUUUGAUUUUGCUCUUCAUUUGUAUUUAAACUGGCUCAGGCUUUUGGGAGCUGCUUGUCGCUUCUUUUCCUGAAAUAAAAGAUUUGCGGAAACAUCUCUCUCCUUCACUCCUUGUCUUCUCAUAUGAUUUGUAGUAUGUACCUGUGUUAUAAGUUAUUGUUCUUUUGGUGUUCA